GCCAUUUGCUGUGUUUCACCAUCUUUAGAGUCGUCACAUCACAUUUGGAUAAGCUUUAUCCAGAGGAGAAACUUUAUUUUGACAAAGCUCAAAAAUGUUCAAAUGUUAUUACUGAGAAGAAGUUAGAGGGAAUUGCCAACUUUCAACAAUGGAAAAAGAUGGUUAGGUCGGUUUUGACUUGUCGUGAUCAACAUGAUCACUUGAUAAACCUGCUGCUGAUACAUCAUGGGAUACGAUUGAUGCAAGAAUUUUGGGACAGAUGUUGAAUUUUAUGGAGAAUCAGAUUGUUGACUUAGUUACCCAUAUUGAUCUAAACCCGCUGCUGACACAUCAUGAGAUAAGAUUGAUGCAAGAAUUUUGGGACAGAUGUUGAAUUCUAUGGAGAAUCAGGUUGUUGACUUAGUUACCCAUAUUGAUACUGUUAAGGAGUUCUACAGAGCUGAUUGAAAGGGUCGUUCUUUGACUAAGUAUUUUUCGACUUUAAGAGGAUGUAUGAGGAGCUGAAUUCCCUACUUCCUAUCACUUUUGAUGUUCAAUAGAUGCAAAAUCAGCGAGAGUAGCUUGUUGUCAUGGUAUUUUUGAGUGGUCUUAGGAAGGAGUUUGACUCCGUUCGGCCUCAGAUUAUGGGUGGUGACAAGGUAGCCACACUUUUAAACACUUUUUCAUGGGUUCUACGAGUCUUUCGUGAGAAUCCACAUGAUUCCACCUUUUUUGAUAAUUCGGCUUUGGCUUCUAUUACACCUAACAAUGUGCCUAAUAGUGGGAUACAUAAUGGUAGUACUGGUGGUAGUGGUUGUGGGGCUGGUCUUAAUAAAGCUCAAAUUCUGGCACUCAGACUAAUUCUAAUACUUCUGGUUUGGUGAAUACUUGUCACCAUUGUGGUUGUCCAAGACAUCUAAUGCUUUUGCUGGAAAAUUUAUGGCAAACUAUCACAACAACAGUUUUACUAUUGAUUCUGUUGCUACAUCAUUUACACAAUCUGAGGGUGAUGUCACGGCAUGUCUUUCGACUGCUUCCCGUUCCCUGGAUCAUUGAUUCAGGUGCAUCAGAUCUUCUGGCUAGGGUCUCAGGUGCACACGGAUGUUCAUUCAUUGGGUGGAAAUGAUACAGGAUCUGAUCUUCUACUGGAAGAGGCUCCAACAUUUCAUCAGUUCUAUUUUAGGCUUUCAAUGACCACGGCUUUCACUUGUAACUUGCCUGAUAGUUUGAGUAUAUCACAUAGCUCAGUGCAAGAUUGUGCUAAUAUUAAUGCUGUCUGGUCCUCACUUAUAAUUGAAGAAUGCACACGACUUGGUUUAACAUACUUCUGUAUAGCACCUGGAUCAAGAUCAUCUCCACUUGCGAUUGCCGCUUCCAGCCAUCCCCUUACAACUUGUAUUUCAUGUUUUGAUGAGCGUGCCCUUGCAUUUCAUGCUGUUGGCUACGCAAGAGGAUCUUACAGGCCUGCAGUGGUCAUAACAUCAUCAGGCACUGCAGUCUCAAAUCUUCUUCCAGCUGUUGUUGAAGCUAGUCAAGAUUUCUUACCACUCCUGUUGCUCACAGCUGAUCGUCCCCCAGAGCUUCAAGAUACUGGAGCAAACCAAUCUAUUAACCAGGUCAAUCAUUUUGGCUCAUUUGUGAGGUUCUUCUUCAGUCUUCCUCCACCCAGUGAUCAUAUUCCUGCGAGGAUGGUACUUACAACGGUUGACUCUGCUGCAUAUUUCGCAACCCAUGCACCGCAUGGUCCUGUACAUAUUAAUUGUCCUUUUAGAGAGCCACUGGAACAUAGUCCCAGGGAGUGGGCAUCAAACUGCUUGAAAGGUUUAGAAUAUUGGAUGUCAAGGGCAGAACCUUUUACUAAGUAUAUUGUGAAACAGUUUCACACAUGCAAUGGCCUUUCAGGGGAAGUUUUAAAUGUUCUAGAAGUGAUUAAGCAUGCUAGCCGGGGGCUUUUACUGCUUGGUGCUAUCCACACAGAAGAUGAGCUAUGGGCUGCUCUUCUCUUGGCAAAACAUCUUUCUUGGCCUGUUGCAGCUGACAUUUUAUCUGGCCUUCGUCUGAGGAAAGCCUUAACUUCAUUUCCUGAAGUUGAAGAGAAUUUUCUGUACAUUGAUAACCUGGAUCAUGCACUUCUCUCAGAUUUAGUCAGGGCCUGGGUCAAACCAGAUACAAUUAUUCAGGUACUUAUUAACAAAAAACACUUUUUUUCUUUUUUCCCUUUCAUGUUGGUUGAACUUUGAACAAUAAUUUCAAACAGUGAGUCAUAUGGAAUACUUGUAAAAUAUGAAACUUUGUGAUGCUUUUUUCUACAAAAUUAAUAUGGAAGUCAUAUGUAGAAUUUUAUUGAUUUUAUAUAUAU